AAGACAUAUCGAUCUCAAUAUAUAUUUUAAAUAAACAUUUUAAAGUCAGUAAAUUUGAUUAAACUUAUUUAUAAUGACGGAUAAAGACAUUAGAAUACCAAGAGAAACGCGAUGGCCAAAUGUUCUUUACUAUGUAUACCUUCAUUUUCCUGCUUUUAUUGGACUUUACUUCGCAGUUUUUCAAGCUAAAUGGACUACUAUAUUUUAUACGAUAUGUCUUAUCCACGUGUCUGUCCUCGGCUUAACUGCUGGUGCACAUCGAUUAUGGGCACAUAUAAGUUUCAAAGCCAGUACAUUACUCAGAGUAUUCUUGGCAUUUGCACAGACCUUAAUAUGUCAAGGAUCAAUUUACGACUGGGUGUUAGAACAUCGAUUGCAUCAUGAGCAUUUUAGUACAGAAAAAGAUCCGUUUAACCCACAACGAGGAUUUUUCUUUGCGUAUCUUACGAACAAAUUUGUUACAAGUCAUCCUGACCAUGAGAAAAUUUUAAAAACUAUCAAUACUGAAGAUUUGGAGCAAGAUCCUAUUGUAAUGUGGCAAAAAAGACUUUACUGGUUGCUGGCUCCAUUGUUAUUGAUUGUCACCGUGUAUUUACCAUCUGAACUCUGGGAUGAGUCACUUAUUUACUCAAUUUUCAUUGUUGGAUUCUUCAGAGUUACAGUAUCGUUACAUUACAGUUGGAUUUUAAAUGCAGCUACGAUAAUUUGGGGACUAGAACCACUCAACAAGUAUUCUAUUCAAACAAACUUAGUAUUUAUCAUAAAUAAAAGCCUGUGGCCUCAAUACCAUUACACGUUACCAUGGGACUAUCAAUGUGGUGAAUACGGUAAUUAUAAUCACGGGUGCAUUACGGCUCACAUAAGAGUGUGGGCGGCAUUGCGAUUAGUGACCAAUCUAAGAACAAUAGAUUCCGAUGGAAUGAGAAAAGCUAUGAUUGCAGCGGCUAGCACAGGACAAGAAUUCAAACAAUGUGCAGAAAAAUAUGCAUUUGAUCCAAAUCUUCUUAAAAUAAAAUGUGAAUUAGAUUUAGAAAGGAUACCUUCUUGAUUGCAAUUACUAUAUAUUACAAUACUUUAUCAUUUGUACAUCUUUAAUAAUCCUAAUUAACACGAAAACUUAAUUAAAUUAUGUAUUUUCGUAAGUUAAGAAAAAUGUAUCGGUUUGCUACCAUUUAUAAUAAGAAAUUCUAAUUUCUAACUUCUAAGUUUAGAUGAUUCAUUGUCAGUAAAACAUAAUAAAUAAUAGUGAAUAUAA